AAAACUGUUGUACUAAUUGGAGAAAUUGAUUACUCUCGUUAUUAUUUUAUCGAUUUGCUCUUGUUCGUGUUUGCUUAGAGCAGAAAUGCACGCGUUGGGAUUUUGUUUUAUUUUCCUCGCUUUUUGGAUUCAGAAUGUAUUUAGUAGUUUGCCAUCACUGCACCCGAUCCUGGUGGCGCGCGCUUCCUCAGACUGGAUGCCGAGCAGGGUCAACUCUCUCUACUCCGACGUCGGGGCAUGGAGUGGGAAAUUCAGACCGGUUAUGGACGAAAUAGAAUCCGAUGAAGCAUUACGUUUCUUCCAGUUCCUCAAUUAUUUAGAUGGGAGCAGUUUUGGAAUAGGUCCUAUUGACGAGUUCGUGUCGGGCAUGCAGCGGCUGUCGGAUUACAUGAAGCAGCAGAACAGCCGUGAGACGCAGGCGCGCGGCAUGCGCGAGCUGGAGGCCAUCAACGGCGAAAAAGGAAAUACUAUCAAAACGGUACUGGAGGUGAGCACAGUGAUCAUGCGCAAGAAGCGCAAGUUCUUUUGCACCGGCGAGGUCAAGGAGCCCAUCGUCAACAACAAAAUUAUUUGCAAGGACAGAAUCCUGCUGCCGAUAGCCGGGACUUCGUGCCGGGACGCCAUUAUGUACUGGCACCCCGAUCUGACCGAGGAGCACUACUGCGUGGGCGCGCUGGAGGCGCAGAGCCCCGUUCACAUCCUGGACACGGAAGGUGAUAUGUUCUGCAAAGGGGAUGACUAUUCCAAGAGAGAAUAUUUGCUCGCGUGCGACUUCUACGAGGACCAAGAGGCCCCGGUGGCGGACCUCAUGCAGUACUACCCGGACCCGGACCCUGAAAUCAAUCCCAAAUUGUUUUGGCCCAGUAACAAAUGAUUUCAUCAUAAAGAUAUAUAAGUAA